AUGGAUUGUCGGCUUCGGAGGAAUCCUAAACGAAUCUUUGAGUGUUUCUUGGAAGUUGCCAGGAAUCAAAGUGACGAUAAAAAAAAUCAUCAAGUUGUCCUUACCUAUCCACCAAAUUAUGACGAUCAGGAAAUAUUACGCUCUGUACCACCGUUUUGCUUCCCAUGUAAAACUGAACGAAAUGCGGGACAUGUCCAACAUUUUACUUUCACUUUGACCGAUGGUGAAGGAAAAUACCGUUUCGGUUUUUGCCGUUUUCCUUCUAAUGCUGAUGUGUGCUUAUGCAUUAUUAGCUACUUGCCAUGGUUUGACAACUUUUACAAGAUAUUAAAUUUUAUUGGCGAUUAUUACUGGAAAGGACAAGUGCAACUUGCUCUAGAUUUUAUAAACAUUAUAUACGAAACUCCAGUACCUGCUACAUCGAUAAGAAAUAUCACAUUUGCGCCAAACGAUGGGUCCAGUCCGAAACUCGCUCUAGAAAUCCCUGAUCCGUAUGCCUUACAUUCUAUACCUAGACACCGUAAUUUGACAGAUUUCGUUUGUGCUGUACAACCUGCGAACAUACUGCAUUUAUUUGCGUGGCAACAUAUCUUCAUUCCUGUACUUCCACCGCAUUUAAUUGAUUACUGUUGCGCUCCUAUGCCUUUUCUGAUUGGUGUUCACUCGUCAUUAAUGGAGGAUGUAAGAAGGAGGCCUUUGAGCGAAGUUGUAAUCUUAAAUGUAGAUGAAAAUAAAUUGGAAUUACCGGACAAAGAUUUAAAUGCUCUUCCGCAAGAAUUGGUACAUCAUUUAAAAAGUAUUUUGAAACGAAGUGACGCUAUGGUAGAAGAUACAAUUCCUAGAGCAUUUCUCGAUGUCUUCGCAUUACUACUUGGGUCUUAUAAAGAUGCUAUUAUGAUAGAUUUUAUAGCGGAAAGAUUGGAAAUUUAUAAUAAUGAAUCAAGAACGGUUAUUGAUGACUUCUUUGAUACAUACGUUAAAAGCUCCACUAAGUUAAAUCUUACAAUGGCAGCGAUUAAGCCAAUUGAGACAUCUGCCCCUAGGGAUCGAAACCUGAAAAAACUUGACAGCCGCGGUGCGAGACCCGUAAUUGAAUUAUUAAGUUCUGAUGUAGACCCUAUUCCUGAAUAUAAAUUUGGUACUACUGAUAUUAAUGCAUCCAGGGAAACGAUGAAAUCAACUACUUCCGUAGACAAGCUUAUAGACCUCGAUGAUAAUAAUCAAGCUGAUCAAGUUGCUACUUCCGGUGCCUUAAGGCCUCCUCCUAAUACGACCGAUAAUGAAAAUUUAAUAGCUGAAUUUGAUGAAUAUGUAGUAAUUGAUAGUCCAUCAUCUUUGCAAAAGAAUUAUAAUAGAUCGGUUCCUAAUUUUAUGGAACUUCGGUAUGGAAGUAGCGCCCUUGCAGAUAGACAAGAUGUUGACAGCAUUAAUAUUGCUGAAAUGGCAAGUGAAGCCGCUCAUUCACGGAGACAGCGCGAUAGUCAUAAAGAAAGGAUUAGCGUUAAAAUUUAUGAGCCUGGCAGUAUUGCGACGUCUAAAGAACUGCAUCCCUUGCCCUUACGAAAUCCACCACCAAUACCAUCGAAAAAGCCGCCAGUGACCGCCCAAAAUUCUAUAUCGGUUAGGCCACGCCCCAAAGCAUCAACGGCAAGGCAGCAGUAUAUUUCAUAUGAUGAUACCAGGAGAAAUACCACGGCACUGGAUGAUCUUGACUCUAGGAUUGUAAAAAGGCGUCAAAUAACAAGUCUUCCCGCUGCCUCAGAUAUUCCUGCCCCAUUACAUAUGAUGAGUGCGCUUCCGUUUGGUGUUAAUGCAAACCCUGCUGCAAUUUACAAACGAGCUAGUAUGGCUACUACUCCAGCAAGUUCUGUACUAAAACCUACAAUUGCUAAUAAUACCACAGCUACUCCAGAAGUAUCAGCUGUUUUAUUAGUUGAUGUAAGUUAA